AUGGCUGGCUCACCGAGUGAUCUCCCACCGGCACCUACGGCUGCAUCCCCCGCCAGAUCGAAGACCGCUUCACCCAAGAACACGGUCUCACAAAGGUCUAAGACAGCUUCGCCAGGAGGGGCGAACUCUCCUGCGAGCGAAAACCUACAAGAUGAACUUGAGGUUGACGAAGGGCUGAGUGUCAGCGACGGGGCCUCGCUCAUGGAUGAUCAGAUAUCAUCCUAUACGGCUUCCUUGACUUCUAGUGCGAUUGACUAUCCCGUAGAGCAUGGCCGUCGUUACCAUGCUUUUCGAGCUGGAGCUUACUACGCUCCGAAUGACGAAAGCGAAAUGGAACGUCUUGAUCUGCUAGCGACUUUGGUUUUCAAGGUCACUGGCAAGCUGUAUCUAGCCCCGAUUGAACAGAGUAAAACUCAUCGUAUCUUGGACAUCGGCACUGGGACUGGUAUCUGGGCUAUCGAAAUGGGAGAUUUGUUUCCUAACGCAGAGAUUAUUGGAAAUGACCUGAGUGCGAACCAGCCAACUUGGGUUCCAGCAAAUGUCAAAUUUGAGGUCGAUGAUGUCGAGAGUCCUUGGCUACAUACACUCGAGUUCGAUUACAUCUUCUGCCGAACUAUGGCCGGCGCUAUCGCCGACUGGCCGAAGUUGAUCAAAAAUAUCUACGACAAUACCGCCCCCGGAGGUUGGGUAGAAUUUCAAGAUCUCGAUCUCCUGUAUCGCUCUGAUGAUGGCUCAAUAACUGAGGAACACGAAUGCAUGAAAAUGAACAGAACCUUCAUCGAGACAUGCAAACAAAUUGGCCGUGAGCCCUGCCCAGGGCCUCUAUUCAAGGACUGGGUCACUGAGGCCGGCUUUACCAACAUCACUCAUCAGAGGUACAAACUACCCCUCGGUCCUUGGCCCAAGGAUCCUCAUAUGAAGGAUGUCGGACUCUGUAACCUCAUCUGCGUAUUGGAUGGCCUGGAAGCUUUCAAUCUGAGAUUACUGACUGGAGUUCUCGGAUGGUCAAAGGAGGAAGUCUUGACAAUGCUGGCAGCUUGUCGACAAGAGUUGAAGACCGGUGCCUUCCAUGCUCGGAUGGAAUUGUAA